UCCCCUUUCCCUGUGCUGUUGCUCAACACGCCAACCUUUUCGGCUCUCCAAAGCCCCAAUCAUAAUGGAAGAGCCCCACACAUAAUGGAGAAAACUCACAUUAGGAAUUUAUUAGAGGUUCUGAAUUCUGCAAGGCUGUGGUGAGAUCCCCCAGGCAAAGUUGACACGCACAGUAAGCUUGCACAGAGCAAAGCACACCUGAAGCCUUUUCCCCGUCCAUCCCAGCCCCUUCUGCAGCUAGGGGGAGAUGAGCAGAUCCCCCAUCUCUUUGGGGGUCCGGAUCUCCGGCCACUGGAGCCUUGGAGCAGAAGGCAGCAACAGCAACGCAGAAUCCUUUGACAGGCUGCUGCCUCCAGUGGGCACCACACAGUCCCCACGGAAACGGACCACCAGCCAGUGCAAAUCUGAGCCCCCCCUCCUGCGGACGAGCAAAAGGACAAUCUACACUGCCGGCCGGCCGCCUUGGUACAAUGAACAUGGCACGCAGUCGAAGGAGGCUUUUGUCAUUGGUCUUGGAGGAGGGAGUGCCUCUGGGAAGACCACCGUGGCCCGAAUGAUUAUCGAGGCCUUGGACGUCCCUUGGGUGGUCCUCCUGUCUAUGGACUCCUUCUACAAGGUGUUGACAAAAGGACAACAGGAUCAAGCAGCCAACAACGAUUACAACUUCGACCACCCCGACGCCUUCGAUUUUGACCUGAUCAUCUCCACCCUGAAGAAACUCAAGCAGGGCAAAAGUGUCAAGAUUCCCAUCUAUGACUUCACCACCCACAGCCGCAAGAAGGAAUGGAAAACCCUUUAUGGAGCCAACGUAAUUAUCUUCGAAGGCAUCAUGGCGUUUUCAGAUAAAGAGCUUUUGAAGCUUCUCGACAUGAAGAUCUUCGUUGACACCGACUCGGACAUCCGCCUGGUUCGGCGCCUCCGGAGAGACAUCAGCGAGCGCGGCCGGGAGAUCGAAGGCGUCAUCAAACAGUACAACAAGUUUGUGAAGCCGGCUUUCGACCAGUACAUCCAGCCCACAAUGCGUCUGGCCGACAUCGUUGUCCCACGAGGUAGUGGAAAUACCGUCGCCAUUGACCUGAUUGUCCAACAUGUACACAGCCAACUCGAAGAGAGGAAACUACGCUGGGAUAUGGCUGCCCUGGCCUCCGCCCACCAGUGCCACCCCCUCCCCAAGACCCUCAGCGUUCUGAAGAACACCCCACAAGUCAGGGGCAUGCACACCAUCAUCAGGAACAAGGAGACCAGCCGAGAUGAGUUUAUCUUCUAUUCCAAGCGCCUGAUGAGGCUGUUGAUAGAACACGCCUUGUCAUUUCUGCCGUUCCAGAGCUGCAUGGUUCAGACCCCGCAAGGCCAUGACUACGAAGGGCGAACAUACAGAGGGAAGCAAAUAACGGGUGUGUCCAUCUUGAGGGCUGGAGAAACCAUGGAGCCUGCCCUACGAGCUGUCUGCAAGGAUGUCCGAAUUGGCACCAUCCUUAUCCAGACGAACCGCUACACGGGAGAGCCAGAGCUGCACUAUUUGAGGCUCCCGAAGGACAUCAGCGAAGAUCACGUGAUCCUGAUGGACUGCACCGUCUCCACGGGGGCAGCGGCCAUGAUGGCUGUGAGAGUGCUGCUGGACCACGACGUCCCCGAGGACAAAAUCUUCCUUCUGUCCCUCCUGAUGGCCGAGAUGGGCGUCCAUUCUGUGGCUUAUGCUUUCCCUCAGGUGAAGAUCAUCACGACGGCUGUGGACAAGAAGGUGAACGACCUCUUCCGCAUCAUCCCCGGCAUCGGAAACUUUGGAGACCGCUACUUUGGCACAGACGCGCCCCCAGACUGGAGUGACGAGGAAGACGUCCUGGACGCUUAGCCGCCGCCUCUUCUGUCAAGAAACCACUGUGAAGGAAGGGAUGCUUCUGCACCUUACCCCCUCUCCCGGGCAGCUCCCAGGCAUUGGCAAAGAGUCCAGCAUCCUGCAGCGUACACCUUGUUCUUUGAUGCACUCGAGGCCUAAGACGUAUUUUGUAAUAAAAAGGGAGAGAGAUUGAAUCCUCUCCGUCUAUGUAUGUGCUCACAAGUGUUUCUGAGUCUAGAGCAAAUUUAUUUUAAUUUAAAAGUUUUAAUAUAACUUAUUUUAUUAAAAAAAAAAAAUAAAGUUUCAGCGAAGUUUCAAGUA